CGUCCUACCUACUCGGAACUAAAUCCCGAAAGCCAUAUAUAUCACGAGGUAGUAGGAGGAGGGGAGCUCGCUAGCUAAGCAUCAUUGAAUAAACCAAAAAGUGAAGAAGAACCAAUGGAGGGGUUCCAAUGGGGCAGGCGCGCCGGCUCCUUCGUCCUGUACGUGGUCUUCUUCUUCCUGUCGGCGUCCGCGCCCGUGUCGCAGGCCAACAUCGGCGACUUCGACGAGCACUGGCAGCAGCGCAAGGCGGCGGCCCGCGCCGCAGCGGAAGCCAUCUACCAGUCUGACCCUCUAGAGGUGGCCAACAGCCUGAACCGCGCCGUGCACCGUGCCACCAAGGAGGAUGACGCGGGCACCCGGAGGUCGAUGCUGGGCAAGCACAAGAAGUUCGCGGGCCCUUGCCGGGCCACGAACCCGAUCGACCGCUGCUGGCGCUGCCGCAAGGACUGGGCCACGGACCGCAAGCGGCUGGCCCGGUGCGCGCAGGGGUUCGGGCGGAACGCGACGGGCGGGCUGGCGGGCAAGUUCUACAUCGUGACGGACGGCAGCGACGACGACGUGCUGGCCCCGCGGCCCGGGACGCUCCGGUGGGCCGUGAUCCAGGCGGAGCCGCUGUGGAUCAUCUUCGCCAGGUCCAUGCUGAUCAAGCUCAAGGAGGAGCUCCUCAUCGGCAGCGACAAGACCAUCGACGGCCGGGGCGCCCAGGUGCGCAUCGCGGACGGCGCCCAGGUGACCGUGCAGUACGCGCACAACGUGAUCAUCCACAACAUCCACAUCAACGACCUGAUCGUCGGCAAGGGCGGCAUGAUCCGGGACUCCCCCGCGCACUUCGGGUUCCGGACGCAGUCUGAUGGCGACGGCGUCAAUGUCUUCGGCUCCACCAGUGUGUGGCUCGACCACCUCUCCCUCGCCACCUGCCAGGACGGCCUCAUCGACGUCAUCGCCGAGUCCACCGGCGUCACCAUCUCCAACUGCCACCUCACCAACCACAACGACGUCAUGCUCUUCGGCUCCAGCGACAGCAACCCCAAGGACGUGAUCAUGCAGAUCACCGUCGCCUUCAACCACUUCGGGCGCGGCCUCGUGCAGAGAAUGCCAAGGUGCCGAUGGGGAUUCUUCCACGUGGUGAACAACGACUACACCCACUGGCUCAUGUACGCCAUUGGAGGCAGCAAGGACCCGACCAUCCUCAGCCAGGGCAACCGCUACAUCGCGCCGCCCAACCUGGCCGCCAAGCAGAUCACCAAGCAGAUAGGCGCGGCGGAGCCAGAGUGGAAGAACUGGGUGUGGCACUCGCAGGAGGACCUGCUCAUGAACGGAGCCUUCUUCACCGAGACCGGCGGCGACAUCAAGAGGAAGUUCGACAAGGACGACCUCAUCAAGCCCAAGCCGGGAACAUACGUCACCAGGCUCACGCGCUACGCCGGCUGCAUCCCCUGCAGGCCCGGCAAGCCCUGCUAAAUCUAGGUGUACGUCCCGGCCGGAUCGACUCGAUUAUUUCCUAAUCUCUAAAUUAUAUAGUUUUGUAAUGUUCAAUUUUUUUUGCCACUUAAAUUCGUAUAUGUGCACGUGUUAGGAUAUUUUGACACAUCUGUGGGGUUCAAAUCGAAUGACCCUAUGGAUUGUACUUGUACAUGCAUUCGCCGUGUCAAGCCAGGCGAUGCAGCAAAGAGGAUGAUGGGAAGACAACUUUUUUUCUUUUCUUUUUGAGAGGGAUGGAAAGAAAACUUUGUGUGUAGGUCGUCAUGUUGCUUAGGGAGGUGGAUAUAUAGGCCUUGUACGACACAGAAAUGCACAUACGCAAGAGGGCCGAACCUAAUUUGUUUCAAAAUGUAUUAAUUAACUGUAAAGAUAUUAUGCAUCUA